CCAAAAAUGAAAAUUGCAGUUGCAGAAAAAAGAAAUGACAUCUCUUCUUCUCCUCCAACGUCUUCCCGUACUCUCUUCCUCUCUAAACCAUUCACUUCCGCAAAACUCAGGCCAUCAUCCCUCUUUAAUCUCUGUCAAAACCAGAAAAGUACUCCAGUCGAAGCGCCUAACAGUUCCACUGCUUGCUCUCACGGAAUCAUCAGACUCUUCUCAGUCUCUUGACGAAUCCUCUCAAUCUCUUCUCCAGCAGCUCACUGAUAGUUUUGAUCUUCCAUCGGAUUAUUUUAAACAAUUACCUCGUGAUCUUCGACUUGAUUUAAAUGAUGCUGCUUUUGAUCUUUCAAAUGGACCAGUUAUUGAUGAGUGUGGUCAAGAGCUGGGAGAGCUCCUGUUAAACCUCUCCCGAGCAUGGGAAUUGGCUGACACAUCAACUUCCCGUGAUUUAGCUAGCAAGCUCCCUAUGUUGGAGAGUAAUUUAACAAGCAAGGCUAAGGCAGCAUUUGGCAAGCGUUUGGUAUCUGCUGGAAGGAGGUUCCAAUCAAUGGGACAGUAUGGUCAGGGCGAAAUGCAGAAGGUAGCACAAGCAAUGAUUAGAACUGGGAAACUUCUGUCUGCAAAUCCAAUACCAACAACAACAGAUGAAGAACCAAAGAAAGAAACAAGAGUCUUCAAGUUUGGAGAACUUCAGGUUGCAGUCACAGCUGAGAAAGCCAACAUUGGAGCUGCCAUUGCAGUUGCUUUUGGGAUUCUUUCAUGGGAACUAGGUCAGGGCAUUCAAAGCAUACCUGAGAGUUCAUUGCAGUAUGCAAAUGACAAUGCUUUACUGCUGGCGAAGUCUUUAAGAGGAGCUCUACUUGUGCUCUUUUAUUGUUCAGCACUUUUGUCCGCUUCUACCUCUGUUGGACUAUUUUUGCUUGGAAGAGAACUCAAGUCAGAGGAAAAGUGAGCCUCUGCAAUGCACACUAGGUUCAGUAUUGACGAUCUUUUAGUUAUACAGGUUCUUCUCAUCAUUUCGUCAUAUAACACCUUAUGGCCUGAAGGAUCUGGUAUAUUUGUGUCUGGAAAUGACCCAAGAAAGCAUGGAAGUACAAAAUUAUGAAAUCGUAAUUGUGUAAUCUCCACUUUCUGGUUUUGGGUUGGGAUGCCUUCAAAAACUGUACAAUAGAAGGCGGUAGUUAAGUUAUAGUUGUGUAUAUGUAGCUUUUAUUUUGUUAUUUGACGGGGACAAAACCAUUCAUGUAUGACACUGAAUUAUAAUUGUAAUAUGUACAGUCAUUUGGCAUGAAAAGGUACUUAUAUUAGUAUGAUCUUUGGUACGCGAUUUUCAGCUGGAA